GUGCGCUUCAUGGAAAUGCAGGUAGGUGUUUUUUGUUUUCUGUAAUCAAAGAUGAGUAAAGGAAGCAGUGGAGCCACCAAGGGUGGAAAGAAGAAGGGAGCAACCUUCGUUAUUGAUUGUGCAAAGCCUGUUGAAGAUAAGAUCAUGGAAAUCGCUUCAUUGGAGAAGUUUCUUCAGGAGCGCAUCAAAGUUGGUGGGAAGGCUGGAGCACUUGGUGAUGCCGUUACUGUCACUCGUGACAAAACCAAAAUUACCGUCACCUCCGAGAGCACCUUCUCUAAGAGGUAUUUGAAAUACCUGACUAAGAAGUAUCUAAAGAAGAACAAUGUCCGUGAUUGGCUCAGAGUCAUUUCCUCAAACAAGGAAAGGAAUGUUUAUGAGUUGAGGUACUUCAACAUUGCUGAGAAUGAGGCUGAGGAGGAAGAUUGAGAAGCUGGAAUUGGUCAAUCUUAUUAAUAGAACAUUUCUUUGUUGAAGUUUUAGUUUGUACCUUCUUCCAUUAUCUGAAAUUGUUGGCCUUGUGAGACUUUAUUUACAAUUUUGUCAGUGAAAUCAAAUCUUGCACUUUUGCCCUGCUAAAUUGAGAAAAUGCGAUUAGCCAUCUUGUAGUUGGUUUAUUUCUUCUA